AUGCGCACUUCUCGGGCCUCAAAAGACACUUCAAGGGUUUUGCAGGCGCUUUCUUCCCCUGCCCGCCGCCAGACACGAAGCAAAACAUCUCUCAAUGCUAGUGCCUUGCACACCUUUACCUAUAAAGCCGAUUCGUCUAUUCAACCUGAGCUGAUUCCAACGAUCGCUAGCAUUCCACGUGCUGAAGAAGAAGAAGAUGACGAUCGUGAUGAAUCCCCACUAUCGUCCGCUAACACCACUGACAUCGAAGACCUCCUUUCUCCGCCAACGAAACGCCGGAGACCGAACACAAACACCACUCCUCUGUCUGUCUCGCGGCGCAUCCCCAAUAGGCAACCUCAACAGGUGAUUGUGAAAGAUGAGCCAGAUGAAAGGAAAUUACCACCCCAUCCGACCACCCCACCUCCCACUACACGACGUUCCUCAGCCCGAAGCACUCGCAAUGCUGACUAUAUCAUGGACCCACCGUCGAUUAAAUCCGAAGAUGCAAUCGUCAAACACGAGCCAGAUGAAAAGAAAAUACGCCCACAGCCCAGAGCGCGGCGUAUGCCAGCACGUAAGACUCGUGAUGCCGAGGGAUCCAUCGUUGUGGAGCCGCCAUCCAAUUGGGAGAUCAUUUACGACACCAUAAAGAAGAUGCGUGCAGACAACCCGACAGCGCCAGUUGAUACCAUGGGAUGUGCAGAGCUCCAUUGGCGUGCAUCCUCACCUAGGGAUCGCCGCUUUCAAACUUUAAUUGCACUGAUGCUAUCAUCACAAACCAAGGAUACGGUAACUGCCGUCGCGAUGCAACGCCUGCACACCGAGCUUGGGGACUUCAAGGAAGAACCUGUCGACGUUGUGAAAGUUGAAGCAGAUGAAAUUCAGAUAAAGGCCGAAGAUGACGAUCAAAACAUGCCUCAGUCGGUAGAACCAGACAGCACCCUUAACCUGGAAAGCAUCCUCGCCGUCUCGCCUGAAAAGCUCAACGAGCUCAUCCAUACAAUUGGUUUCCACAAUAACAAAACAAAAUACAUCAAAGCUGCUGCUUUGAUCCUCCGCGAUAAAUACAAUGGUGACAUUCCAUCUACGCCAGAGGGGUUGAUGGCUCUUCCUGGCGUGGGGCCCAAGAUGGCAUACCUCUGCAUGAGUGCCGCAUGGGGCAAACACUUGGGCAUCGGUGUAGACGUGCACGUUCACCGAAUUACGAAUUUGUGGGGUUGGCAUCAGACAAAAAACCCCGAGGAAACACGCAUGGCUCUGCAGUCUUGGUUACCGCGGGACAAAUGGCAUGAGAUCAAUAAAUUACUCGUUGGGCUGGGGCAGACGGUAUGUCUACCCAUAAAGCGGAGAUGUGGGGAGUGUUACCUUGCUGGCACGAAGCUUUGCAAGAGCGAGGUUAAAGGCUCGGGGGCUCCUCUCCGGCGGGAUCCUAAACGUGAGGAUCCAAAAAUCAAGAUUGAGACAGUUGUCGAGGCGGUUGCUACUUCCGAUGGACCGAGGAUAAAGACUGAGGCGGUUGUUAAGGCGGAUCCCACGUUUGAUGAGCAGAAGAUCAAGCUUGAAAGUAUCUGA